AUCAACAUUUUUAUAUUCGGUUGAAAAUUUAGCAAGUGGAAAAAGUAAAAGUUUUUUCCAAACGAAAUAACUAAAUAAAAUGGAUAAACUAUUGAAAACUGGGGACAUUGAGUUUUUUCCCUCUGGAGUAUUCAAGACUAUAUUGAAUGAGGUGAAAAAAUCAUGUUUGGAUAGUGAUAUAGCUGUCGAUGAGCAACUGGUAUCUGUUAUCAUUAAACUAUUGAGUCUUGAUCCAUCAUAUGGCUUACAUUCGGAUGGUAAGAUGGAUCGUCGGUCAUUAGGAUCGUUUGCAAGGAAAUGCAUCGAUAUUCUGAUUGACAAAUCCAGUGGCUUGUAUCUGACUCUAAGUAUGCAAAUGUACUUUGCCAACCAUUCGAUUAAUGUCGAACGCAUAUCUGAAACACACCGUCAGACCUUACGUGAAAGUACAGCUGCACUGACCAAAGAAAUCAUAACCGGUGAAUAUAAGAUCAACUACGAGCAGGAACGAUUAUUGAAGAAAAUUGCCGUCGAUAUUCUUGUCGCAAUGUCUAUGGGAAAUCCAAUAAAUGGAAAGCUCGUCCAAGAAACGUUGAGUGCAUUGAAAAGUGUGCUGUCGAAAAAUGAAAUUGCUUCGUUUAUAGCAGCAAAAGAAGUCGAUAGGAUGGAAUCGCUAGAAGGGAUUCGCGAGGUGGUUUGCGGUAUUCUUAUUUUUAACAGAGACAACGGAUUUUAUGUGGAGGAUAAAAUUGAUGUUGAGCAAACAUUACAUUCCGGUUUCACAACAACAAGAUCCCAAUUGAACAUUUCAUUGAAUGAAUUACGAUCUCGAUUGGAUCUCCUAUCAACUGUACUAGCAAACUGCAUUAACGUAACGGACGACGCAAUUCAAUUCGACAAUUCAAUGGACCCGGCAAUAUUUUCAAAAUUAGUCAAAAUAUUGAUUCUGUUCCGUCAGCACGACAUCUACGUAACAAGUCUCACAAAAUCUUUGGUCGACGCAAAAACGGUCAUCGAUGCCAGUCUAAAGACAUUCCAGGAUCAGCUUCGUCGCAUCCACGAACUUGUCAAGUUUCGUACGGCAAUUCCAACGGAUAAGAUUUUUCCUGAAUUUACUGCACUAGCACAACAUUGGCUCCGGUUACAAGACUUAAUUCUACUGCUGUCGGAAAUUAAUCUUGUCAACGAGGAGUUGAUGAAAUUUGCGGACACCGUCCAAUCUUGGGAGGACACCGCAUACUUACUGUUAGGAGAUAGUCAAAUUGAGAGCGAUUCAGAGAGAACAAAACAGUUUCAAAAUUUCAAAAUCGAUUUUUUUUCUGCAGACGUGUCUGUUCUUAAAUAUUCCAGUGAAAUGAAGAUUGAAAAUAAUGGACUGUGUACAUGGUGUUUGGUCAGCGGGAAAGGACUGUUGCUACCAGCAACGUUAACCAUUGGUGUGUGCAAGUACAAAAAAAAGUUCUACGGUUUCAUAAAUAAAUGGGCAGCAAAUGAGUUCAAGAACAAUCCCGAAAAAUUCUUGUUUAGCAUUAUCGAAAUAUCUCGCACUAAUCCCGAGUUAAUUCACUUUCUGGACAAAUUAGAUGACCUCCAGAGCCACAGAAACGAAUUGCACUACGUCGGAAGUCGGGCAUGUGCAUCGGUAACGACGUCACAGGACGUCGAAACGCAAACCGAAACUCAUCCAAUACCAGUGCAUGUCGAUAGGAACUACCAUUGGAACAUCUGGAAUAUAAGGCGUAAAGCUAUACAAUUGACCAAUCUGAUGAAUAGCCAAACCCAUUCCAGUCAAACAGUUCUGUCGUAUGGUAACUAUAACGCAAAUACCCAAACGUAUUCAUCGAAAGCUGGAGAAACUCAGACGCGUCGCAACAGAAGUACGGACACCAUGCCGAAGCCUACAAAAAUGCUCAGUUAUAUACGUGACAUCGAUUUCGGAGGCAUGUCCGAUGAAAUGCUAAGUUUGAAUUUAGUUAAAGAUUUGGAUGUUGGAUCGGCAUUGAAGUUUUACGAGGCAGAGAUGUCGUCAACAGUCAAUGAUGAAACGAGCACAUUCGAAUGAAAGGUUGUGGGUGGUGAGAGUGUUCCGCCAAAUUUAUAUCGUAACUGUGUCACAAAUAAAGAAAAAAUUUUCUUUUUA